UUUGUGACAGGGAUUGGGAGGCUUCUGGGAAAAAAUGGCAGCUUCCUUUUGUUUGUGAGGAUUCGCUAUGCUGGGAGUGAGCUUUUAAAGGCGGUGUUCAGCGGAAACUCCGGUCUACAUCACGUUUUCGGAGCUCGUCCAGCCCUUUACUUAGACUUUUGAAGCAGGAGAAGAUGGAGAAGAGCGGUAGCGUUGAUAGUUUGGGCUCGAAACCCUCUUCCCGACAGCCAAGUGUUGAUUCAUUGUCCAGCACUUCCACCUCUCGCUCCGACCGCUCCGCCCAGGCCAAACCUCCGUCUGUUUUGUCCUCCGACUCUGUGUCGACGUCUGCAGAGUUUUCCCCUGAGCUCCGGGUGAAGCCCAAAGCCACUGCCAAGAAGGCACAUAGGGACUCAGAUAAAGAAGAACCACAGUUGCUUCCGAACGAAACCGUGCAAGAUAUGGCACAUGACAUUACCUACUUCUGUCCUUUCACUGGAGCGCUGAGGGGAACAGUGAUGGUCACCAACUACAGGCUUUUCUUUAAGUCCAUGGACAAGGAUCCGGCGUUUAUGCUGGAUUUACCUCUCGGAGUUGUAAGUCGAGUGGAAAAAAUUGGAAAUACUUCGAGCCGUGCUGACUCGUCAUAUGGAGUAGUUUGCAAGGACAUGCGCAUUCUGCGAUUUUCACACAAGCAGGUGGAUGACACUCUCAAGAAGUCGAUUUUUGAAGUUCUGAUGAAAUUCGCAUUUCCUGUUUCCAACGGACUGCAAAUCUUUGCCUUUGAAUACGGGCAAGUUUUUCCUGAAAACGGAUGGAAGGUGUACGAUCCCAUAUCGGAGUAUAAAAGACAGGGUAUACCCAAUGAAAGCUGGAGGAUAACGAAGGUAAACGACCACUUUGAGCUCUGCGACACAUACCCAUCCACUCUGGUGGUUCCGGUCAACAUACCAGACGAAGAGCUGAAGAGAGUGGCAGCUUUUAGAGCGAAAGGCAGGAUACCUGUGCUGUCAUGGAUCCACCCGGAGAGCCAGGCCACAGUGACGCGCUGCAGCCAGCCGACGGUCGGAGUGAACGGGAAGCGCAGCAAAGAGGAUGAGAAAUACCUGCAGGCGAUCAUGGAUGCCAAUGCUCAGUCCCAUAAGCUUUUCAUUUUCGAUGCCAGACCGAGUGUCAACGCCGCUGCCAACAAGAUGAAAGGCGGUGGAUAUGAAAGUGAGGACGCAUAUCAGAACGCUGAGCUCGUGUUCUUGGACAUCCACAACAUCCACGUCAUGCGGGAGUCGCUGCGAAAACUCAAAGACUUAGUUUACCCCAACAUCGAGGACUCCCAUUGGCUGUCCAACCUGGAGUCCACUCACUGGCUCGAACACAUCAAGCUGAUCCUGGCCGGAGCGCUGAGGAUCGCGGACAAGGUGGAGUCUGGGAAAACGUCCGUGGUGGUGCACUGCAGCGACGGCUGGGACCGGACCGCCCAGCUCACCUCUCUGUCCCUGCUCAUGCUGGACGGUUACUACAGAACCAUCCGCGGCUUCGAAGUGCUGCUCGAGAAAGAGUGGCUGAGUUUUGGACAUCGCUUCCAGCAGCGUAUCGGUCACGGCGAUAAAAACCACAGCGAUGCAGACCGCUCACCUGUCUUUAUCCAGUUCAUUGACUGUGUGUGGCAGUUGACUCGACAGUUUCCUGCAGCUUUUGAGUUUAACGAAUACUUCCUGGUAACAAUCCUGGAUCAUCUCUACAGCUGCCUGUUUGGGACAUUCCUGUGUAACAGUGAACAGCAAAGGUUGAAGGAAGAGAUUCCCAAGAGGACGGUCUCGGUGUGGUCCUACAUCAACAGCCAGCUGGAGGAGUUCACCAAUCCAAUGUAUGUAAACUACUCAAACCAGGUGCUGUUCCCCGUUGUCAGCUUGCGCCACCUGGAGCUUUGGUCUGGCUACUACAUCCGCUGGAACCCUCGCAUGAAACCGCAGGAACCAAUUCACCAGCGCCACAAGGAGCUGCUGGCGAAGCGAGCCGAGCUUCAGAAGAGAGUGAACGAGCUCCAGAGGGAGGUGACGAACCGCUCUGCUUCAUCGUCUUCGGAGAGGGCGGGCUCACCCACACGCUCCAUCACUCCCGUGCAAACCUUUGUUUGACACUCAAUGUCUUUAUGAAAGCGUGAAAGAGUUUUUUUUUAUGCCAGGGAGAACAUUGGAAAACUAGGAAUCAGUGUCAUAACUGGAUCCCAGAAGAGCCUCUUGAGUCGAGCCACUUCAUUAGGGGACGAAUGCAUCACCACCACAAGUUUGAACAGGCAGAGAUGUGU